AUGGCCCGCUUUUGGGAUAUUGUGGGUGGCCGGGAGGAAUCGGGCAAAGCAGCGCUGUCGCGUUUGGGUGAUAUAGUGGUCCCCAAAGCGAUCCGAGAGCCCGAUCAACUUAUCCAGGUCCCACCGGAUGUCGCAAUGGACAUCCGCGAAGCACGCGGUCGAGAAGGCACGGCACUUUUGCCUCCGGAUGGUGUAUCACUUUCCGCAUUUCGUACGGAAGUUCGUGACACGCUUGAAGCGGAGGCCAGCCCGAGUGACGCAAUCAACGAGAUGUUGGAGGUGCAAAUUGCGGAAUGCGAGGGGGACCACACUGCGAGGGAUCGGGCGGAGAACCGGUACACCAGGAGGCAAGUCAUUGGGCGCGCCCGUACCGGCUUAACCUGCGACGCUCCCGCCCUCGUAAUGCAUGUUCCACAGAGUCCCCCAGGCUACGGGCAGCGAGGGGAGGGCGGCACGAUGCACAAAGUGUUGACAGCAGAGGAGGAGAUCGAGUUUCUCCGUGAGUGUGUCACCGCACUACAGGCGAACUUCGAAUACAUGGAGGAGUACAUCUCGGCGGAGAUUCGGUUCUGGGAUUCGGCGUUGGCGGCGAAUGAGCGCAACCUAGACGACUGGUAUGCAAGGGAGGCUGAGCACCCUGUCAUGGAAGAUACGGAGUAUUUGCCCAUGACUACACAGAGUUCCGUAGCUUAG